GCGCUCCCACCCACUCAUUCUGUGUCCUCCUCUAGAACUUGUCACUUGACCAACCAUGUCAGGAGUGCCUCCGGCUCCAGCCGCUGCUCCGGCAGCCAAACCAGCAAAGAGAAGGUCCACAAAGCCUAAGAAAACCGGACCCACUGUGUCCGACCGUAUCCUCAAGGUGGUGGCUGCAUCUAAAGAACGCAGUGGUGUUUCUCUCGUCGCUCUGAAGAAGGGUCUUGCAACCGGUGGCUAUGAUGUUGUGAAGAACAACGCGCGCAUCAGGCUUGCAGUGAGACGCUUGGUGACCAACGGAAGUCUGCUUCAGAAAAAAGGCACUGGGGCCUCCGGGUCUUUCAAGAUUGGCAAGAAACCGGUGAUUAAGAAAAAGACUGUAAAGAAAGCCAAGAAGCCAACGGCCAAGAAGGCCAAAAAGGCCAAGAAGGCUAAACGGACGACAGCAACUAAAGCAGCAGGCACGCCAAAGAAGCGCAAGAGGAGGUCAAAGAGUCCGAAGAAGGCUAAGAGACCAGCGGCAGCCAAAAAGCCGAAAAGUCCCCGAAAGGCUAAGCCUAAGCGCAGAGUGUCCAAAGGGAAAUCCAAACGGGCUGCAGCUAAGAAGUGAAUGCGGUGUCUACCUGGACUCUCUUUACAACUAGCGCAGAGGGUCAUAUAAUAUUUUGUCCAAAGCUGCAAAUACAUUUUGCAGACCUUGCUUCAAAUUUUCAAUGUCUGGACUUGCUGCUUGCUUUUAUACAUUUUUAACAUAUGCAUUAGGCUAUUUGCAAAGUUCAGGUGCACAUUUAACUUUGAAGAUUGCUUGUAAAAUAAAAUGAUUAAUUUCAGAAA